GGAUCACAUACAGAUUCAUAGUGCUGUAAGUGGUAUCUCAUCCAAACAAGCCCUAACUUUCAGCAGAUAUGCCUCCGAGAAGACCCCGAGUCACUACGGUGAUUGAGAAUAAGAAAGUCGAUGUUCCGUACACUAAGCAGCAGAUCGAAGAUAUUUUCAAAAGCUAUGACCAGAACGGAGACGGCAAGCUCUCCUGGGACGAGGUGAAGGCAGCGUUCGCUAAACUCGGGGCGUUUUCGCCCUACUUCAGAGCCUGGCGAGGGAAAAGCCGUGCCGAUGCCAACGAAGACGGCUUCAUCUGUCUUCAGACCGAGCUCGAUGAACUUGUCAACUAUACUCUGGAACUACAGUAUAAACUGUAGUAACUAGAUCGACCAGCGUCUGGUUCAUGCUUCAGCUUAAUUUCUAUACUGUGUGAAGCAGCAAUAACGUACAGUUGUAAUUUGUAAGCGACUUAGUGAAGGAAGGUGGUGAUCUAUCGUAACGUACGUACGUAGCCCCUCUUUUGUACGAACUCAGUUUCUAAUUACCAAGUUAAAAUAAGAUUCAAGAUAUUCUCUUGCU